CGAUCUAAAAAAAUAACAAUAAUGAGCCUCACAGAUACAAUUAUUCAAUACAAGAAAGAAAAUAUUUUGGUAAUUUGUUUUAAUAAACCAAAAAAGAAGAAUGCUCUCGAUUCUAACAUGUAUCAAGAAGUCAAAGAAAUUUUCCAAAAAGCUACAACAGAUGAUGAGAUUGCAGCAGUCGUGAUCACUGGAACUGGGAAUUUUUACAGUAGUGGGAAUGACUUGUCAUAUAUACCAAAAACUGAUGAAGAAUACCUUGAGUUCAUGAAAGUAUUGAGGAAUUUUAUUAGAGCAUUUAUAGUGUUCCCUAAAAUCCUUAUUGCUUUAGUAAAUGGACCUGCUGUUGGAAUAGCUGCCACUAGUUUACCUUUAUGUGACCUAGUACUAGCGUCAGACAAUUCAUAUUUUUCCACUCCAUUUACAAAGUUGGGCUUUGUAGCUGAAGGUUGUUCUACAUUGACAUUUCCAAGAAUAAUGGGGGAUAGAAAGGCCUUGGAAAUGCUACUAUUCAAUUAUAAACUAAGUGCAAAAGAAGCUCUUGAGUGUGGAUUUAUAAAUUAUGUUUAUAAACAUGAUGAGUUCCAGAUUAAAGCCUGGGAUAAAAUAAAAGAAAUUACAGAACUACCUACAAUACCAAUGUUUGCAACUAAAAAGUUGAUAAGACAUCAAAUACAGGAGCAGUUACUGAAGAUAAAUGAUAAGGAAUUACAAAAGAUUAUUCAGAUUAAAACAAAUAGAUUAAUGAAGUUUGAAAAUGAAAACAGCAAAUUAUAACAGACCUUUUCUGUAAGAGUUUUAAGUUAAUUGACAACUAAACAAUGUUUGUUAUGAAACAAUUAAUGAUCUACAGACAUAUGUUAAUUGGUGCUGCUUACAUUAUAUGUGGUAAGUUGCAAUAUGGGGAAUUAUUUUGGUGCUAUAGGGAUAUUGAGUAGAUUUCUAGUCUGUAUAUUUUAGUUCUAUCGAGAAAUUUUAUAUUCAUAGUAAUGUAGCUAUAUAUAUUUGAUGUAAAAUCCUCUAAAUGAGUUAUGGGACUAAUUACUUAAGUAUUUUUUUCUGAAGACUGUCAUUAGCAGUAAUUGUGAGAUCACAGUUGUGAGUGACUACAAUGUUGGGGUAUAUUUUUUUAUGGCUUUUAUACUUAAUUUAUAUUUUUAUUAAAAAGUAUUUAUUACAACAA